CUACCUUCUUUGGUUCUAUGCUUGGUCGAUGAUGAAUUGCAGCUUUGGCUUUGAGGCAUAGGGUUGCGUUCGACCAUCACAAGAUCAAAUGAGCCACACAUCUAAAGAUACCUUCCCUUCAGGGCCAUUUUGAAAACUUGAACUCAAACUUCAUGGCUAUGGUACUUUUGAAGAGAAGUCCAGACUUCAUGAACCUCUCCCACGUGUAAUAAAGUGGACCCAGCUCACCUGUCACCAUUCUCGCAGCUUACCACCAGCAUCUGCUUAUCUCAUCACCCCUCAACCUCACUUCACCACCUCACUUUUAGUCUCACUCAAACACAACCGAACAAUUCAGACCCUCAUUCUCAACAUCCAUUCAGCCCUACAACAGUAACAAACCCCCCAACGCAGCAAAAUGAGCGGCGAACCAGCCCCCUCCCCCCUCCCAACCUACGUCUACAAGAUCAUCCCCUCCGCCCCUCCCUCCCCGAUCCCCGAUUUUUAUCCGCUCUCGGAUCUCGACCGGCAAGACGGGUUCGUGCACCUGAGCACCGCAUGGCAGGUCCCCAUCACCUCCUCCCUCUUCUUCACCUCAUUCAAGUCCUUCCACAUCCUCAAACUCCGCCUCUCCAACUUCCCCCAAGAAAGCGUAAAAUGGGACGAAGUCCCCGGCACCAACGGCUGCCCCCAUCUCUACGGCACCUUUGGCGCCAAGGACGUUGUUGACAGCAAAGAGUUCGUCCGGGGAGAUGACCAAACCUGGGAGGAUGUCUUGAGGGGUGAUAGCUGGCUCGAAUAGAGCUCUUAGACCACACACACUCAACAAAUAUCAAACCCUCUUCCGCCCCCAAAUAGUUCAUAAAAAAAAUCAACGCUCUCAUUGAAACUGAUCUAAACCCAAACCCAAACCCAAAGCAAAACUCCAUUCCCCUUCUCACCUUACCCCCUCUACUUUGUCC